AUGUCUUCUUACGUUUAUAGAACACCUUACACUCGCACCCCACGUCACGUACGUGAGGCUAGUAAUCAUAGUCUGCGUAACCGUAAUAAUGGGGAAGGAUCUUCCUCUAAUAGUAAGUCGAGUUCUUCACAUAGAUCAACUUCGACCAGAGGGCAAGGUUCGCAUUCUAGUUCAAACAAUAUGGCAAACUCAAGCAGUCGUGCAGAAAACAACAAGUCACAAAAUAACGCCGGCAUUUGCAGAUUCUUCCUUCAAAGUCGCUAUUGUAUAAAAGAAUGGCGCAAAACGGAUAAUCUUUCUACGCCUUUUCAGACAACCGACACAACUAAAACUUGUCCUGUUUGCCGAAAGAACUCACCUUAUAUUGUACCUUCGCCUAGCUUUGCGAAAGCUGGACAAAAAAAGGAUCAAAUCAUUUUAUCAUACAAAGAGCGAAUGUCUCGGAUUCCUUGUAAAUAUUUUCAGGAGUCCAGGAAGUGCCCAUUUGCUGAUGAAUGUUUUUAUAAACACGCCAAUCCAGAUGGAUCUAGGUGUAGUUUAGGGCCUCCAAAGAAAAAAAAACCAAGAACAUGCUCUUUAGGAAAUUUCCGGUACUUGGAGGUAACCGGAGAGGGUAGUGGGUUUGAUUUCAGAACAAUCUCUGAAAUCCUUGGUGGACUUUCUAUCAAUCGCAGUAUCCACCACAUUUUUACAAGAGAUUGGGAUAAUUGGGAUGAUGAAAUGGAUUUUGAUGAAGGGCCUACUUGGGAUGAUGACUUCCCAUUCGAGGAUCAGAUUAACGAAAUCGUUUCAUUUGGACCGGAUAAUAAUGAUGUGGAUGAACCAGAGGUUGAAGAAGAUGAUAAUGGUGGUUGGGGAUCAGGGGAAUGGGGAAGCACCUGGGAUGACUUUGAACAAGACACAACAUUUUCGGGAAUACAUCAAGAAAGCUCAUGGUGGUGA